CCUUGAAGGCGUACUCUCGUGGAAGCCCUGCCAUUAUCGCCAAACCCAUUUCUUCUUCACUGGGAUACACACGAAGCGAAAUUAGGAGAGCGUCCGGCUAUCUUAAUUGAUUUGGGGCUUCUCCUUUUCAUCUGCUUUCAGAUCUGAUCGCAAUCCUACUAAUCUCGAACCGCUGAUCUCGAUCCCAUUCAUACUGCGCUCCUCGUUUUCACUGCUUGAAUCGCAGAUUUGGUGGAUUCUGUUUCGAGCAUCACUUUCAUGCUCCUCAUUGAAUUCCAUUUUCCCUUCAGUUGUUGUGCAUAAACAGAUCUUGAAAAUUGGCGCCCCAACGACGUUCCCAGCGCCACAUGGGUGGCCAGAUGCAGCAGAGCAAUGCUGCGGCGACUGCUCUGUAUGACCACGCUGGCAGUGGGCCUUUGCACAAUGCAGGGCCUGCCGGUGAUGCGGGUGAUGCGGUCAUGGCUCGGUGGUUGCAGUCCGCCGGUUUGCAGCAUCUGGCCUCUCCGUUGGCUUCUAAUGGUAUCGAUCAUCGCCUCCUCCCCAACCUUCUAAUGCAGGGUUAUGGGGCACAAUCGGCUGAAGAAAAGCAGAGGCUCUUUAAGUUGAUGAGAAACCUCAAUUUUAAUGGGGAAUCUGGUUCAGAGCCGUAUACACCCUCUGCCCAAAGUUUUGGUGGAGUACCUGCAUCCGAUGGGUUUUUUUCUCCCGAGUUCAGGGGGGAUUUUGGAGCUGGGCUCUUGGAUCUUCAUGCAAUGGAUGAUACAGAGCUUUUAUCUGAGCAUGUUAUUUCAGAACCUUUUGAAGCAUCGCCCUUCAUGCCUGGAGGUGCUAGAGUAGUUGAAGACAGUUUCAAUCCGGUAAACAGCAAGCAAGAAAGAGGAGAAGAUGUAGAUGCAUCAGUUUCAUUACCAACGAAUGAAAAAGACAAUAAUGCAAGGGAAAAUAAUGUUGCAAAGAUUCGAGUGGUGGUCCGCAAAAGACCUUUAAACAAGAAGGAGCUUGCUAAGAAGGAGGAUGAUAUUGUAACUGUGUAUGACAAAGCAUAUUUGACUGUCCAUGAGCCCAAACUAAAGGUUGAUUUGACAGCUUAUGUAGAGAAGCAUGAGUUUUGUUUUGAUGCUGUUCUUGAUGAGCAUGUUACGAAUGAUGAGGUGUAUCGGGAAACAGUGGAGCCAAUUAUUCCUACAAUCUUUCAGCGUACCAAGGCAACGUGUUUUGCUUAUGGUCAGACAGGAAGUGGUAAAACCUACACAAUGCAACCGUUACCACUCCGAGCUGUGGAAGACCUUGUUAGACUGUUGCAUCAGCCUGUUUACCAAAACCAGAGGUUUAAAUUGUGGCUUAGCUACUUUGAGAUAUAUGGUGGAAAACUCUUUGAUCUUCUGAGUGACAGAAAAAAACUUUGCAUGAGAGAAGAUGGACGACAACAAGUUUGCAUUGUAGGGUUGCAAGAAUUUGAAGUUUCUGAUGUACAAAUUGUCAAAGAAUUCAUUGAGAAAGGGAAUGCUGCCAGAAGUACAGGAUCCACUGGUGCUAAUGAAGAGUCCUCCAGGUCACAUGCUAUCUUACAAUUGGCUGUGAAGAAGCACAGUGAGGUGAAAGAGAGUAAACGGAACAAUGAUGGAAAUGAGGCAAAAAUUGGGAAGGUUGUGGGGAAAAUUUCGUUUAUUGAUCUUGCUGGAAGUGAAAGAGGUGCUGACACCACUGACAAUGACCGUCAAACUCGGAUCGAGGGGGCAGAAAUCAACAAGAGCCUUUUGGCUCUGAAGGAGUGCAUUCGUGCCCUGGAUAAUGACCAGAUUCAUAUUCCAUUUCGUGGAAGCAAACUCACAGAGGUGCUUCGUGACUCAUUUGUUGGCAAUUCCAAGACUGUUAUGAUAUCUUGUAUAUCUCCAAAUGCUGGAUCUUGUGAACACACACUCAAUACAUUAAGAUAUGCAGAUCGGGUUAAAAGUCUAUCAAAAAGUGGAAAUCCCAGGAAGGAUCUGGCCUCAAAUCCUGUACCACAAACAUAUAAGGAGGUUUCUUCCAUAUCAGUUCCAGCAAGUGCUUGUUCAGAGGACGUCAAUGAUCAGCGUCAAGAGGUGAAAACAAUGGAUAUAGGCAGAAGAUUGGUGGACAAGGAAGUUCGUUUAUACAGCUCUGCUGCUGACGUUGACAAACAGCCUUCAAAUCUUCCAUCUAGUUAUAUGUUCAAUGGGCGAGAGGAGAAAGGCGUGGCUUCUGCUUCAAUGGAGAGGGAAAGGUCUGAAGUGAAGAAUUCUGUUAGUGAUGCUAUCAGCAAUCAGAAGAUGAACUCUUAUUCUCAAACCACAAUUGAUAUAGAUGACAAAGUUCAGAAAGUAUCUCCUCCUCGUAGAAAACCUAAAGAGAAGCCAGAAAGAUCUACAAACUGGCUGAAAAGGGAUGCUAAUGGUCCUGAUCUCUCGACAGCAAACUCCAAGCAGCAGACCACUGGGAAUUAUAGCACAACUACUAUUGGAUCUAGGCAAUCUGAAAUGGAAUUAUCUCCUGAUGGGAAUAUCAAUGCAAUACUUGAGGAGGAAGAGGCAUUGAUUGCUGCUCAUAGGAAAGAAAUAGAGGACACGAUGGAGAUUGUUCGCGAAGAAAUGAAGCUAUUGGCAGAAGUGGACCAACCAGGAAGCCUUAUUGAUAACUACGUAGCCCAACUGAGCUUUGUGCUCUCUCGCAAAGCAGCUAGUCUGGUUAGUCUUCAAGCUCGUCUUGCGAGAUUCCAACACCGACUAAAGGAACAGGAGAUACUAAGUAGAAAAAGAGUACCUCGCUAAGAGACUCGGUUUCUGUUAUUCAACACCGAGUUGUAUGUCAUCAAAUGUAAUUUUUCACAUGCUUGUUAGCGAUUUUUUUUUAAAAUAAUAAACAAAUCAUUUGUCGGAUAUUCAAAGUAAAUUGCCUUACAUGUAAAUUUGUCGCUAGUGAUAUGAUGGUGGUCCCCAUGCAGUUGCCAAGUUGAAGCAAUGUAUGAAUGUGCGCCCCUGUGACGUUAGUUUGAGGGCGGCACAGGAAAAAUGAAACUACAGAAAUAUAACAUCCACUUGUUUCUUCC